CUAACUUCAAAGUAGUUUUUCCCGCAGUUUGGCGUCCACCGAUCCAAAAAAUUUUUGAUACGUUUUUGUACUUUAUUUAGAUCAAUGAAACAUUCGUUAGUGCUAUGAUUUGUUUCUAAGUGUAUGUUUUAUGAAUUGAUUAUGUUAUAUUGGUGAUUGUUUCGUUACAUUAGACUUAAAUAGUUGAUUUUGUAAACAUCGGGAACACGGAGCACACGUCUAUGACUUCUUAUUGGCAGCAUGGCGGAAAUAGUGUACCCGCAAGGCUGCCGCCCAAUAACCGAUGACCUAGGUCCAGAUGAACUUGUCCGAAGACUUAAGGCGCUCGCACAUACCCUACAAGGUCUUGGGCAAGAUGAGGGCAUGUACCAACAGUAUAUACCACUGGCAUUGCACCUGGCCGAUGACUUCUUCCUCUCACACCCUUCAAGGGAUGUGCAGCUGCUUAUCGCUUGCUGCAUCGCUGAUGUGUUGCGGGUAUACGCACCGGAGGCACCAUAUAAAGAUCAGGAGCAGGUCAAAACGAUAUUCCUGUUCCUGAUCAAUCAGUUACAAGGUCUAAAGGACCCGAAGGAUCCAGCGUUCAAGAGAUACUUCUAUCUCCUGGAAAACCUGGCCUAUGUGAAGUCAUUUAAUAUGUGCUUCGAACUCGAGGACUGCCAAGAGAUCUUCUGUGCACUUUUCUCGCUUAUGUUCAAAAUUGUUAACUCAGAACACUCAUCGAAGGUGAAAUCCUUCAUGCUGGACGUCCUCUGUCCGCUGAUCACAGAAUCUGAUGUUGUCUCAAACGAGUUGUUAAAUGUCAUACUAGUAAAUCUAGUGGAGCCCAAUAAAAGGGAUAACAAACAUGCAUACGCACUUGCGAAAGAACUCUUGGCUAAGACUUGUGAUACCCUGGAACCGUAUAUACAGGCGUUUUUCAACCACGUCCUAAUCCUUGGCAAAGAAGAAAAGGGUCUUCUUAUAUUUACAAAAGUUUACGAAUUAAUUUACGAGUUAAAUCAGUGUUGUCCUACGGUCCUGCUGUCUGUCCUCCCACAGCUCGAAUGCAAGCUGAAAUCGGCUCAAUUUCAAGAGCGAUUAAGCGCUGUUGCGUUACUUGCUAGAAUGUUCUCUGAACCCGGUUCGGAACUUGCCAAGCAAUAUCCGGCUCUAUGGCGGGCGUUUUUAGGUCGAUUCAACGAUAUCUCAGUCCCCAUUCGAAUUAAAUGUGUCCAAUAUUGUAUGCAUUUCCUUGUCCACCAUCGGGAUUUGAGGCAGGAUAUUACGGAGACGCUGAAGAUGAGACAGCACGAUGCGCAUGAGCAAGUCCGGUACGAGGUGGUUAUGGCGAUUAUAGCGACGGCACAAAGAGAUUUUGAAGCGGUUGCCGAGUCGGAAGAUUUACUCCACUUCGUGAAAGAGAGGACCCUGGAUAAAAAGUUCAAAAUACGCAAAGAGGCGAUGUCAGGACUGGCGAUGAUAUACAAGAAGUUCCUAACGGAGGACAGCGUACCGCCCGCUACAGAGAAAGCGGUUGAAUGGAUUAAAGACAAAAUCCUUCACGGGUAUUACAUGACAGCGAUCGAAGAUCGACUCCUCGUUGAGAGGCUUCUGAAUACGUCCCUGGUGCCGUACACCCUCCCGCCGCAGACCAGAAUGAAGAAACUCUACUAUCUGAUGUCGAAUGUCGGUGAUAAUGCGACCAAGGCGUUUAUUGAACUGCAAAAACACCAACUGGCUGUGCGUAGGACUGUGGCCGAGUGGGUGGAGUUGCACAGGAAGCCGCCGACACCGCAGGUGCAGAAGGAGAUGAUAACUAAGGUGUUGCACAUCAGCUCCAAGUUUCUGCCGGAGUCGGUGAAGGCGCAGGAGUUUUUGAAUCAGUUCUCGGAGCAUAUGAAAAAGGCGCCCGAGUUGCUGCAGGGAAUGGAGACGAUUUUGAAUCCGAAUGUGAGCUGUGAAGUCUGUGUUAGGACGACUUCAAGCGUUCUUAAAAAGCUGGGUCAGCCGGUGAUGACCAAUAUAUACUAUAACACAGUGAAAAUGCUCCUUGAGCGAGUGAGUUCAGUGAUGGUAGACCAUGAAUCCUUGUUAAUCCUUGUCGGUUAUGUGGAAGGUGCUGUGAGAGGAACGGAUACUUCAAUAGCUGAAGAAUGUGGAAUAGACAUAAAAAAGGCCGCAUCUCGCGGUCUCAAGCUCAUAGUGAUGUUGUCGUUUGUGUUUCCGGCACAUUUCUUACACGAGGACGUUCUGAAUCGUCUCACUUCAUUGUUGGAGUUGGAUGAUGAAACAAUAGCCCCACAUAUUCUCGCUGCGUUGACUUUCCUCGGAAAAUAUAGGCCUUUGGGUGAAGCAUGCCCGACACUGUUUCCAAAAUUGAUAACAUUAUGCAAAGCAUAUGCCGAAGUUGGAACACCGAAACAAGCCAAGAAUGCUGUCAGAUGUCUCUUCGUAAACGUCCCAGAGCAGAGGACGCAGAUAUUUACAGAAAUACUGGAGACGUUGAAGAGUACGUUGAAUCCUCAGUCGGAGCACUACAGGACGGCGAUAGUCACAUUGGGACACAUUGCACACAAUUUGCCUGAUAACUUCCCUGUUCACAUCAAGAAUAUUGUUUCUAGAAAGAUUGUAAAAGAGCUUCUAGUCCGCGAAGGCGGCGGCGGCCCCAAUGCCCCACAAGGGGACUGGUGUUCUGAAGAUGAGUUGCCCGAAGAGACCCGAUGCAAGCUGGAAGGUCUCAAAUGUAUGGCACGAUGGCUGCUGGGGCUGAAGAAGGAUGAACUGUCCGCUCAGAAGACGUUUAGGAUGCUGAACGCGUUCAUCACGCAUAAAGGAGAUUUGUUGCAGCAAAACCAGUUGUCUAAAGCGGAAAUGGCGCAUUUGAGGUUGGCUGCGGGCGCGGCCAUGUUGAAAAUCUGUGAACAGAAAGGAGUUGGGGAUCAGUUCACCGCAGAACAGUUUUAUAAUUUGUCACAUCUUAUUGUGGACGAUGUACUACAAGUCAGAGAAACAUUUGCUGCAAAAUUACAUAAAGGAUUAUCGAAGGGUAUACCAAACAAAUGCCUGCCUCUAGAUUUCAUGGGUAUGUACGCACUGGCGGGCCGAGAGCCGGAUAGACGUGUACGUGGCAUCAUACGGCAAUAUAUGCUAGCGGACGUCGUGCGGCGCAGGGAAUACGUACGGAAUAUUACCAUUGGGACCAAGGUGGAGCAAGCAGUGAGCCAGCUUCCGCACAUAAUGCCGGACUACAUGUUGGUGUUCGCUGUUCCGGUGUUGACUCAUGACCCGAUGUUCACCAACUACGAUAAUGUUGCACAGCUCAAGAUGGUGAAACAGUGUCUCUGGUUCAUCCUGGAGCCGCUGAUCACGCGAAAUGACUUCUACUGCUACAGCUUCUAUAAGAACCUGGUCGAGAAGAUGAAAUUACACAAGGACGCACUGAAUGAGACGGACGAUAGUGUUAACUUUAAAUUAUGGGCAAUCUGUGACCUAUCGAUGUCCGUGAUAUGGUCUCGGUCGACGAGCUUCGAAAUGCGAGAGUUCCCUUCGGACGUACGCAUUCCCACCAUGUACUUUGCGCCUCAGAGCGAGUGCUUCGUCAACACAAGGGUCUUUUUACCGCCUGAAUUACAGUUCCAACCAAAACGCGGUCAGCAAAUGGAGCACACAGUGGCGCCUCGUGGCAGAAAGAGAGUUCGGCCCAUACAGAAUAAAGAAGACAGUUCUAACGAAUGCGAGCCGUCGGAAGCGUCAGACACACAGAUAAUAGUGCCAGGAUUGGAACACCCGCCUGAAACUGAAUUGGAAGAACCGCAGGCGAAGAGAAAUAUGACUGACUGAAUAUUGGUUUGAAUAACUUAUUCAGUUUGAGUUCAUCGCGAUAUAUGCGCGGGCGCGGCUUAGUUUUAGAAUUUCAUUAUAUUAACUAAAAUUUAAUAAUCCAGGACCGACCAAUAUUAUUUAACUAUGUUAUGAAUUGUAUUGUCGCCGUUUAAGGAAUUUUACAAUGCAUCAACAAAUGUAUUUUGUAGUAUUUUUCGGACAUGGUAACACUUCAAUGGGAAUAAGACAAAUGCCUGAUCGUAAAAAGUAUAUAGAUUUUUUUUCUAUAAAUAUUGCUGUAAGUAUUUUUGUAUGUUCGUGCCCGCGUAUUUACGUGCAAAUAAACGGACGCGAGACUCGAGCGAGAUUUUGUGUCAAUUUAUGUUGAAAAUAUUUAUAUGUGAAUGAAAUACCCUUUGGUACCGUGUAAUACUAGCGGCGUAACUAUUAAAUGCUUAUUUAUUUUAUGUACUAACUAUUUUCUGAAUUAAAUAGAUGUGAUACAAAUUAUAGCUUAUCCUAGAGAUAAUGCCGCUAAAACAUUAUUAAAUCCCUGUUUUCUGCCUAUGUGCGACAUGAUAAUGGGGGCAUGAGAACAACAAAGACGAUUGUGUCCUAGAAUUGUAAUUUUUUUUUUAUUCCAGAGAUUUUGAUUUUUGUCUAUAAGCGGAGAAUUUGCUAAAAAAAUAUCAGUUUCAUAGACAUAUGUCUGCCCAAUUAAUACUCUGUAAGGAUUUUGUUUAAAUUGUGUACGGAAUGAUGUUAAUUUACAUGUACUUGUAAAUAUUUAAAUUUAUAUAGUUUCAAGAACCAUUUUACAGGGUAUUUAUAAUAAACCAAUUUAUCGCCGAUUUAAAUUCAAGUAUUAUUGUAAUCAACAUUGUUACGCCACUAGUAAAAUACUCGUAAUACUUAAAUCUCUGAAAUUACGGACGAGAGCGUCUCUCUCGCUCACUCUUCAUUUAAAUAUAUGCUUUGUCUCUUUCUUAAAGUGGGGGAACGCGGUGUGAAGUUUUCUUUGUGACGAAUUUAAAAUUUUGAACUUAUUUUGUUGCAUUUUUAUGUAAACAGUUUUUUUAUUAGCCUCAUUUUAGGGUUCCGUUUUCAUGUCAAUAAAUUAAUUGUGAAAAUACGUUUAUAUUUGCACGUUGGAAGGUUGUACAGAUCAUACGAUUCAUACGAUGUUUGAUUCUCAGAUAUUGGGUUCGGGUGUGUGAGGCUCACAAACGUCCAUUUCGUGAAAAAAAAAACGAUUAAAAUGGCUGGAAAUUUCACAAUUACAAAAAUGAGUAUGUGCUGUGCACUCGAUUUAUUAUCUCCACGCGUAAAGCUAUUCUUGGAGAAUUGUAUGAAAUUAAAAUAAACGCCGUUUGAAAACAUUUUGCGAUUUAUCCAAAGAUUUCAGAAUUUUUCAACCUUUAUUUAAAAUCAUGUUCAAAAGAUGGCGCUGAUAAAUUUCGAAUUAUUUGAAUAAACGCCAGUUAAAUCGGAAGGAACGUAAUAUACCUAUUUUGGAAGUUCAUGGCGCACGAGUGUUGCCAUUAGGGGGCGUUCAUAAAUUACGUGAGGUGUUAUUUUUUAAUUUUCUGCCCCUCCCUCCCCCCUGGUGAGAUGUCGUAAGAUUUUAUUCAACCCCCUCCCCCAAGCCCCAAUCUCACGUGAGAUUUUUCAAAAUGAGAGUUUCUUUCGUAAACGCGUUGGAUUGUUAUUGUAAAAAGAAAAA